CCUGAUGGUGCUCCAUCUAAAAGAGAAGUGUGCAUCAAGUGGAUCUGGAGUUGACAAGAGAUGAGUCGCAGACAGCAGGCAGAAGCAGGAGCAGAACGAUCCCUUUAUGACAAGACUUCAACACAACGAUCAGGAUGAUUUCCUGUCACGAUUAUGGAUUUAAUUCGCUAUUAUAGUUUUGAAUUACUUGCAUGCACCAUUUUCAUCUCUUCACUGUUUGUGAUAGAUGCAGGUGCAUCUCCUGACAGGCUGCCUUCACCAGUGGACCAGUGCUCUCCAAACCCGUGCCAAAACAGGGCGAUAUGCAGAAUCCGCGGGGACGGCUACUCGUGCUUCUGUGUGCCGGGGUUUCAGGGUGCUCACUGUCAAAUUGACGUGAAUGAAUGUGUUUCACAGCCCUGCAGGAACGGGGCCACCUGUGUGGACAGAGUGGGCAGGUUCUCCUGUCUGUGUUCUACUGGGUUCACUGGGGCCAUUUGUGAAGUCCAGAUUGAUGAGUGUCAAUCACAGCCAUGUCUCAAUGGCGGCAGUUGCCAUGACUACGCCAGUGGCUUCACUUGCACCUGCCUGCCCGGUUUCCAAGGAGACCAAUGCGAAAUCAACAUUGACGAGUGCCAAGAGCAGCCAUGCCAAAAUGGGGCUCUGUGUAUAGAUUGGGUGAAUGACUACAGCUGUGACUGCUCUCACACAGCCUUCACUGGCAGACUCUGUGAGACACCACUGCCACCCUGCCUCUCUGAACCCUGCUUCAACAGCGCCAUCUGUGAGGACAACAAGGGUAACUACAGCUGUGAGUGCCUGCCAGGGUUUGAGGGUCGUCAGUGUGAUAUCGACAUCAGUGAGUGUGGCAGCAACCCCUGCAUGCAUGGAGGCCGCUGCAUUGAGAGGUCGUGGCAGGCUCUGUAUGGCAGCGAGCCUCUGCUGUCUGAACACUAUGACCAGCAGCAUGCUGCAGGCUACAUCUGCAGCUGUCCUCGAGGAACUACAGGUUCCCUCUGCCAGGAGGUGAUAAACCAGUGUGACCCCAGUCCCUGCCAGAAUGGGGGCAGAUGUGAGAGCCAUGUUGGAGGCUACAUUUGCCACUGCCACAAACAGAGUCCCGAUGACGUUCUCUAUGGCGGUGUAAACUGUGAUGUGAGGAUAGUGGGCUGUGAGGGACAUACAUGUCAAAACCAAGGCUCCUGUUCUCCUUUCCUGUUGGAUGGAAUUAGUGGAUAUACCUGUUCCUGCUCAUCUGGGUACACUGGACACCUCUGUGAGACCCCCACCACCUUCUCCUUUGAACGCAGAGGCUACCUGCUGCUGCAUAGUCCCCUGGUUGAUUCUGUGGUGUACUGCAACGUCACCCUUAGCUUCAAGACAACUCUGCCCAGAGCAUUGUUGUUCCAGCGGAACUACAGGGGGCUGCUGCUGAGCCUGGAGCUGCACGAAGGACAGCUCCGCCUCACACUGAGGAAGGAGGCCUCUGCUGGGGCUGAAGCAGAAAGCCCAAGCCAGGUCCUGGAGCUUCCAAAAAAUGUCACAGAUGGAGAGUGGCAUACUGUAGAGGCUGUGCUCGGGAGCUGGAUGCUCAGUUUGACUCUCUUGGAUGAUGAUGGGAGCUGUGGGAGCCAGUCGUGUCACAAGGUGGCCCCAGUCCAAAGCACCCUGACCAUGCUGGUGUCACCUCCUCAGAACACUUUCAUUGGAGGGGUGCUCCAAGACUCAAAUAGCCCCAGUAAUGACUCCUUACUUCCAGCAUUUAUUGGCUGCAUGCGGGAUGUGUUAGUGGACUGGCAGCUCGUCGUCCCCGAGGAAUGGCUAAGCAACUCUGCUGUUAAUGUGUCCCCUGGCUGCAGCCAUAGGGACCGCUGCCUGGACGUGCCUUGCCAAAACGGAGGACAUUGUAUCAACCUUUGGCAGAGCUACCAGUGCCGAUGUCCGAGGCCUUAUAAGGGUCAGGACUGUGAGGAGGAACAUGUGACCACACGCUUUGGAAACGAGGGCUCUCAGAGUUACGCAGCGUUCACUGUCACUGAUGAUCUGGGUCAUGACCUCUCCAUCUCCUUCUUCCUGCGCACACGGAGGCACUAUGGACUCCUUCUUGUGCUCGUCAACAGCAGCAGCCAGUACCUGCACAUGUGGCUGGAGGACGGCAAGGUCACAGUUCAGCUCAAUAACUUUGAGAGCCUUAAGGCGGAGAGUGCGAUUAAUGACGGGGAAGUCCACUUUGUGAGCGUAGAGGUAUCGGAGGAUCGUAUGGCGCUGUAUGUAGCAGCUCAGAAACAGGGUGAUGUGGAAGUCAGGACGAUCAAUGUCCAAGCAGGAGAUACUGUGCAUGUGGGAGGUCUGUUGGGGAGUUGGACGACUUCAGUGUUCGGUGGACAUUUUAAAGGCUGUAUUCAGGACCUCAGGAUCAACGACAGGCGGCUUUCGUUCUUUGGGCUGGACACCUCUGUGGGAUCUUAUCCUCUGAUGUUAAUGGAGAAUGUGACUGUUGGAUGCUCUGGGGACAAUGCCUGCAGUAUGAACCCUUGUCUAAACGGUGGGAUGUGCUACUCCGUGUGGGAUGACUACACCUGCACCUGCCCUCCAAGUACAGCAGGGCGGCGCUGUGAGGAGGUCAGGUGGUGCGAGCUGUCUCCUUGCCCCACAGACUCAGAGUGCAGGGUGUUGAACCAGGGCUAUGAAUGCUACUCCAACGCAACUUUCCUGAAUGACAGCACUGUGUUGUCCUACCGGGGAAACGGCAAAAUAUCCCGAAAUCUAACUAACCUCUCCCUAAACCUUCGCACACGAAAGCGUAACACAGCUAUACUCCACGCUGAGAAGGGCUCAGAAUUCGUCACACUCUCCGUCCAGGGAGGUUUCUUCUUCAUGGAGCUUCAGAGCACCAGUGUGGACGACAGGGAGGAGGAGGAGGCGGAGGGAAGGCAGGCUGUGACUACGGUCAGUCUCAGCAGCAGGACGAGUGUUAGUGAUGGUGAGUGGCAUGGCGUCCACCUGUUCAUGGCAGCGCCAUGGGCGCAUACGUCCCGGUGGACUCUGGCGCUGGAUGAUGAAAUAGAGGAAGCUAGCAAGAUGCAGGGAGGCAACCUGAACUUUCUCAGGCAGGGGGUGGACCUCUUCUUAGGGGGCCUGGCCCCUGAGGCUGGGUGGUCCCUGGCUGGGUGCCUGGGCACAGUAGAGCUAGGUGGCAUUGCCCUGACUUACUUUAGCUCCUCUGAUGUGAACCUCCCACGCCUGCAGGAGGAGCGGUUCAUCCUGACAUCCCUGCAACCACCGCUCCUCGGCUGCAGCGGGGGCCCCGUGUGUGAGCCCAACCCCUGCCUGAACGAAGGGGAGUGCCAGGACCUUUUUAACACCUUUAACUGCAGCUGUACGACGGCCUGGGCCGGGGGACGCUGCAGCUUCUUCACUGACACAUGCGCUUCCAGUCCCUGCGUUCACGGCAACUGCAGUGUGAACGGGCUGGCCUACGAGUGCACGUGUGAGUCCGGCUACGGGGGCGUGGACUGUGAUGAGCAGGUGGAUAUGUGUGAAAGACACCUGUGUGCCCACGGAGGCACCUGUCUGCAUGGAAUGGACAGGUACGCCUGCCUCUGCCCUGAGAACUACACUGGACCCUUUUGCAAUGAACGCAUUGAAGAGAUACCAUGGUACAUUGUUGUCAGAAAAGUACGGCCUAAGCCAACUGUUUCUGUGUGCGGCGAUGACACCAGAAACUACACUUGCUUCAAUGGAGGCAACUGCACUGACCGAGAGCUGUCCUGCGACUGUGUACCUGGCUUCACUGGACUCCGGUGUGAGCAGGAGGUGGAUGAGUGCAUGUCCAACCCCUGUAUGAACGGAGGCUACUGUCGCAACCUCAUCAACAGAUUCAUCUGCGUGUGCGACAUGAGCUACGCCGGAGACAGGUGCCAGACGGACUUGUCCUCCGUGGGUUUGACCUCUGACCUCUUGCUGUCCAUUAGUCUGGUGUCCGUCAUCCUGCUGCUGGUUCUCAUCCUCACCUCCGUCAGCCUGGUGGUGGCGCUAAAUCGCCGCGCCACCCACGGCACCUACAGUCCCAGCCGGCAGGAGAAGGAGGGAUCACGGGUGGAGAUGUGGAGCAUCACACAGCCGCCCCCUAUGGAGAGACUCAUAUGAGAGCAGGCAGGGACUGUUUCACACGCAGGGUGAUAAUGUGGGUCCUGUACUAAUGAAGGAACUGACGCUAGAAACACUCCUGAUAACAGAUGUUGAAGGAAUACGUCACCCACAAAAUGACUAUUUGUAAAUCAAUUACUCACCCCGAACUCUUGAAGAAAACUUUGUCGCAUGUCUCUACGGUGGUGAAAGAAGAAAAAAAAACAGAGAAAGUUCUGGAUGUAUUCACGGUAACGCGGGGUGAGUAAUUAAUGCACAAAUGGUCAUUUCGUGGGUGAAUUCCUUGAAAGAAUAUCUGCAGCCUGCAUGUAAACAUGGUCUUCCCCUCACUGUACCUCCAUUUUAAAUGACAGCUGUCGUUCUUCACAUGCUGGAAGAUUGUAUGAGAUCUUGUGACCGCGUCAUCGUAUAUCCCAGUGCUUCAUCUAUCUUCUUGUGAUGUUGUGCACCUGGCUUCACCACCUGGUACAUCCAUCUAAAUGCAAAGAUUUGUGUUCAGAACGUAUUGAGCCCGUCACAUCUUUGCGUCUGAUCCAUAUUUUUUUAGGAUUGAUGGACCGGCGGGCAAUCGAAGGAAAAUCUGAUCAGAAUUUGCGACUCACAAACACAUCGUAUUAAAGCCUCAUCUGGAAACAAGCUGAAUGAGUCAGACGGUUCCUCAUUAAAGGAUAAAGCUGGUGUUAUUCCAUAUUUCACAUACUGACAACAAAUUAAAAGAUCAAAACCAACAAUGUGUUAGUCUGACUCUCAAAAACCCCAUUUGUUCCUACUGACAUAAAUCUUUACAAACAAAAGAGCCUUUCAAAUUCUUGCAUGCUGCUUAUUGCUGCCAGUUUUGAUUUCUUUUUCAGUGAACAUUUCCAAUCUACAAUAUUGUAGGUCCUUACUGACACAAGGAUACACUUAAAGAGUCAGAUUUGAGGACGAGUUGCACUAGCUGACAAUAGUUUCUUAGUUUCUUCUCGACUUAUAUGUUAUUAGAAAAAAUAACUUCACUGCAGUUUCAUUUGAACCGCUUAUACUGCUAUGAUUUUUGUUCAUCAUGUUUUAAAUCGUGAAUUUAAUUUCUACCUUUAAUUGUUGGAAAUUGUAAAUAGAAAAUGUGUUGGUUAAUUAAAGUGAAUUUAUUUGUG